AUGUGUGAGGGAGGAUCAGAGGGCCAAGGUCGCCCACCUCAGAGGACUCCAAAGCGUCCACAACUCCACGCCCUGCGGCCCCGCAACUCUCGGGCAGCCGGGCGGGCGCGGGGACUCCGAGGCCGCCUCCCCGCUCGGCGCAGGUCUGGGUGCCCCGGCCUGCCCGCGGCCUCGGAGCUGCCGGCUGAGGGCGCGGCCCCGGCGGGCGGCCCGGGGGUAGUGGGCGGUGUGGCCGAGGUGGGGCGGGCCCGCUGCGGCUGCCCGGGCGGCGCCUGCGGCUGCCGGGGCCUGACGCUGGGUUGCUUGCUGGCCGCGCUGGGCCUAGCCUCGGUGGCCCUGGCCCGCCGCUCGCUGCAGCACCUGCUGCUCUGGGCCGAGGGCCUGCCGCCGCUGCUGGGCCUGCUACUCUUUGUGUUGGGCUUCGUGGCAGUAUCGUUCCCCUGCGGCUGGGGCUAUAUUGUGCUCAGCGUGGCUGCCGGCUACCUGUACGGCUUCGUACUGGGUAUGACGCUCAUGGCGGCGGGCGUUCUGCUUGGCACAGGCGUCGCGCACGUGGUGUGCCGGCGGCUGUUGGCGGCUCGGGUGGCCGCCCGGGUGCGGGGCAGUGAGCGGCUGAGCGCCGUCAUCCGCGUGGUGGAGGGAGCCGGCGGCCUCAAAGUGGUGGCGCUGGCCAGGCUGACCCCUAUUCCGUUUGGGCUUCAGAACGCAGUGUUCUCGAUGACUGAUCUCUCUUUACCCAACUAUCUGAUGGCAUCUUCAGUGGGACUGCUUCCUACCCAGCUCCUGAAUUCCUACCUGGGUACCACCUUGCGGACCAUGGAAGAUGUCAUCACAGAACAGACCAUUAGUGGAUAUUUUGUUUUUUGUUUACAGAUUAUUAUAAGUAUAGGCCUCAUGUUUUAUGUAGUCCAUCGAGCGCAAGUGGAAUUGAAUGCGGCUAUUGUAGGUUGUGAAAUGGAACUGAAAACCUCACUUGUGAAAGGUGGUCAGCCAGAUACCAGCAGCUCAUCAUACAGCAAGCGGACACUGACAUUUUCUGGAGGUGGAAUCAACGUUGUGUGACUAGUGAAGUGCAGGGUUGUCGAGAGCCUGGUGUGCUGUCCAAGGUGCAGUUUCCUCAUGGGGACAGAGACAAGGACUAACUGUAUUACAAUACAAACAAAACUGACUAGUUUUUAAAUUGCAUAGCUUUUUUUUAAGGCAGAUGCAAUUUUGGCUGCACCCCAUUAUCAUUUGUUAUGCCCGUAAAGGCCUAUUGGUCUGCACUUUAGCGUUUUUAAUUAUUUUUCUUUCUGGGUACUUAUGAACAGAGAAAUGACACAAUUAUUUUUCUGGUUAGUCUUUAUUUAUAAAGUCUCCGAAUAGCUGUAUGCAUCUUUCUUACUUAUAAAGAGUAGUAAAAGUGUGCAGUUUUAAAUAUACAGUACUAUUGGGUGCCCUUUGGUGGUCUUUCUAGAAAGGAUAAAUAGAUUUUGUUUUGUUUUGUUUUUUGAAAGUGGGACCAAUUUGCUUCCCUGUUCAUUCCUAGUUAGAGACAGACAUUAACUUUGGGUUGAAUGUAUUUUUGCAGGCACUGUGUUGUUUCAGGGCCAUUUAUGCCAGUUCAUACAAGCUGAAAUCCUAGACAUGGGACUGAAGUGCUCUUAAGAAACCUUUUAUCUCCACUGUGUAAUGUGCAAAGCAAGAGAAGUUAAUCUUGUUGCAUCACUUUACUCUCCGUAGGCUGGUCAUCAAAGGGCUGUCCCACAGCAGUCUUACUCAAGCAUUUCAUUAAAAUAUACUUUUUCUUUUUAUAUUCAUCAUUAAGCUUUGAAAUAAAAAUGUUCUUCCAAAUGAAAAUGUUGAGUUUACCAUCAUUGAAGAUGUCACUCAGGUGGCCUUAUUUGAUCAAAACACCUUUUUUAAAAAAAUAAGCUUUAAAAUUAUGUUUAUAACUUCACUGAAAUACACAUAUAUUUGUCCCCAUUGCCUUCAGCUUUAAAACUAUAAAUAUGAUGUAAAUUUAAUAUCCAAAAUCUGUAUUAUUUGCCCUGCUAUCAAGUAGGUGUGUUUUGUUUGUUUCAAUAUUUGUUUUUUUCUGACAAGACUCAGGAAUUCUGAAAUGUGAACCAUAUUUUCUAGUAGCACUUACGAGUAUAGCAUACAGUAAUUUGUCACAGGAUUCAUAUGGCAUGUAUUCAUUUAUCACCUAAUAUUUUUAAUAUAGUUUAAUUGUGACUUUAAAGACUCAGUUUUUUGUUUUUUGUUUAUAACCAAGAUUAUAGAUAUGAAUGCAAAUUUUCUGGAAGGUAUCUUGUUUUUGUUUUGUUUUGGGGUUUUUUUUGGCAAGAAGAUUCCAACUUAUCAGAGACUUCCAAUUUGCCUUUUCUUUAGGGUAAAUUCUUUGCCCUGAUUACUAAAAUGCAAAAGAAUUCUUUAGAAGCUGAUUAGUCUAGUCUUACACUGAAGUGCAUUUGGCUUUAAUGUGUAAGUUUUUUUGUGCUAUUGCAAGUAUAAUUUUUUAUUUUCCUUCAUAAUAUAUAUGUUUUCUUACCUUUGAGUAACAAUGAGGUUCAUUCUAAGUCUAUACCCAGAAGACCUCAGUGCAGACCAUUUGAGUCCACCAUAUAUAUUGGCCUCCAAAUCUUUCUUUCUUUAUUGGUAGAAAAAAAGUAUAGUAUUGGAAUAUUCUUAUUCUUUUUUGAAUCCUAAUUGUUUAGUUUUUUUGGUUUGUUUGGUUUUUUAAAUUAUUUUACAAUGAACAAUACAUUUGAUUUAUUCUAACUAGAAAAUUUUUUCGUAUGCUCCCUGUUUGUUGGUUAGUUUGUCAUUAAUUUAAGAUCACUACUUUUAUACUUCUGUUACACUUAAUGUACUUUGAAGUGCAUUUCUUUCUUAACAUUUUGUAAUUUGAAUAAUUUCACCAAAUGAAUACCUUUUGGUAGUUUGUAAUCAGUCUUCCAAUUGUUGCUUGGUACUUUAAAUAAAUACAUAAAGGUAAAAAGAGAAGUAAUUUUUCUGUAUUCUGCCAAUCAUCAUUUAUAUAAUAAAAUCAUUUUUCCUUAAAA